AUGGGGAAAAGCUCAAAAGCAGAGGACCUGCUCCGCAUCCAGAAGGUUCCAGGUUUAAUCCCUGAUACCUCCAGCUGUGACUGCUGCUGCCCCCCCAGCUGUGACUGCUGCUGCCAGCUCUGCUGCUUCCUCCCGAGACUUCUCUGCCGGCUGCCUAAACUGCCCAGCUGCCCAGUGCACAUCAAGAGACUCCUCAUUGUUGUUGUGAUCAUCGUCCUCAUUGUGGUGGUCAUCGUGGGGGCUCUUCUGAUGGGGCUGUACAUCACCCAGGCGCACACGGAGACAGUUUUGCAAAUGACCAUCAAAGGCCUGGAAGGAGGGGAGUCACAGCUGAAUCUGCCCAUGGAUAUAGAAGAAGUGGCCACUUUCUGCAUCAACGACCGAAUCAACGACCCAGCCACAGUCAUUUAUGACUUUAGCAAGAUGCUGAUUGGCUACAAACCUUGGCACAGACACGCCUGCUACAUCAGCAAGAUGGACAAGGGGAACAUCCAAGGCAUGGAUACUAUCCUCAAGGAGUUCCAGGUGAGGCCAGGAGUGUUGCUGACUGCAGAAGAGGUGGAGGAGGCAUCCCUUCCAUCUCUGGUCGAUCGCUCCAGCUUGGGCACCACCCUUAACAUCCUCUGCAGUCAUGUUCCAAUCUUUCAGGCUUAG